CAUUUCGAGGGGGAAAACCGCAUCCCGAACAUGCAUUGUUGCUCAGGGUAGUCAGAAGACUGCAUUUUGUCAGCGUCUUACCGAAUAGAAUUAUGUCAUCGGCAUAUUCUAAGUUAAUAAGCGAGCCUCUCGGCAGAAGGUGUACUGAAAAUUUAGACAACCGAGUAGGCAAUACUGUCGUUAGGAAACGAGUACUAAGUAAGGAUGGCAGAUCAAUAGAUGAAGUACUGAAUCUUCAUCAGUUGAGGUGGUUGAGACAUGUGUUACGAAUGCCUACCCACCGACCACCUUGACGAGCAAUGUUUUGUGGUGUAGGAGUAGGCUGGAAGAAAGCUAGGGGUGGUAAAACCGAAAAAUGGCAGAAAUCCUUGAAGUCACUGAUAACUGUACCACCUGGUUGGGGUCCGCGAGAUGAUGGUAACCGAUGGUUAGAGACCUUGAAUGACAUGGCUCAAAACCGUUUGUAGGUGCAUCCACUCUUUGAGCUGUCUGAAAUUCUAAUCUGAAUUCCUCAUCUUCUCUAUUUUUCUCUUUCUAAAGUUAUCUCACUAGAUUCUACUUCUUGAAUAAUAUCUCCUAACCCUUGUCUUCCCCAUUACCGCUAUUGGUUCUACUAUCUCUACCACUAUGUGGUUUGAACUGACAGUUGCAUCUCUGUGCAAAUGUGGUAUGGCAAUCUAAAGCGGUGUACGUACGUACGACGUUCUACGUUGUUGCUGACUGACAUAUUUGAUAAUGAAUGUUGAUAAUAUAUGCAGUAAGAGUACUUUAUGGUUAGAUCUCCCAUAGUUGACAAUGUGGUUACAGUUAUUACAAGAUUUUUAAAAACAAUAUGAAUGUAAUGAUUGAUUAUUUGUUAGUGGAGAGGUUGCACAUUGUUCUAAUUUUACUCAUAAGUUUCUCUUGAAGUUUAUUUUUAUGUAUUCAUACCCAGCUCCUAGUGAUGUUUAUUCUGAGGAUCAUGAAAAUGUAUUGAAGACAAAAGCAGACGAUCCAGUUGUCUCUAAAUCGUUGAAUGGCUCUGUAAUGCGACCUGUCGCUGUGUUGCCUGGAUUAAGUGAAUAUUCCACUUCAGAUUCCGAUCAGUCAACAGAUUCAGAUGAUGAUGAAUCCAGCGAUGUGGAAGAUGCUGUAUGUACAUUACAGCAAAUUGCCAGUACUAGAAUACGAUAUGCUAAAACUGAUAGUGCAGCAGACAAUGAAUAACAUGUGUAUGAGUGAUGCUUUCUGAUGUACAGUAUAACAAAAUGUCUGACUGACUUGUAUAUUUCUCUCUGAAUUUAUUUCACUGCUUUAGUCGUAAUAUCCUAUCGUAUUUGUCGUUUUAUACUAUUUGUCUGUCGAUAGUUCGUUACUGAUAAUCUUCUAAAUAUAUUCAGUGUAAG